CAAAAAUACCCAACUUCCUAAUCCGUAAGACUGAGGUCUUUGUCAUAUGCAAAAGAAACACCGUCUCCGACCUUGUUAGAACUAGCGAUCACUCGGAGUCUCGAACAAUUUAGUGAUGGAAGGACGGAACGCUCCUCCUGCACCUUCAGCUGCCGAAAACUCGCUUCUAACACCCGAGCAAAUCAAGCGCAUUGAGCUUAACCGCCUCAAAGCAAAAGCAAGGCAGAGACAACGAGAACAAGAGGCAGGCCCGUCAUCUACACCAAACCCGAACCAGAAACGCCCUCUCGAAGUGAUUCCAGCUGUGUCCACUUCACCGACAGCUCCUAAGCCACUGAAGCGUGACUCACGCCUCGGCAAGUACUUUGAGUAUGACCUGUCUAAAAUGGUCAACUCGAAAGGUGGAUUUUUGGUCGAGGAUGGGAAGGAGGUGGAUGAAGACUCAAGGGCGAAGGAGCGGGAACGAGAAAGACAACGAGCCAAGCAGAACUUGGAACCGCCGAUGUACUUGGAUCCGAGCCUGAAUCCGAAGUGCAGAGAAUGCCAGUCUAUCGACAUCGAUUACACAUACAAGAAGAUAUUGGAUGCUUGUUUGUUGACAAAGACUGAAUGCAAAGAAGAUUAUCUCUUAACUGACCCCGAACUUCGGGAUCGAGAGCUGCUACCCCAUCUACUCAAAGCUAAUCCUCAUAAAUCAACGUUUGCGAAUAUGAUGCUCUUCUUGCGAUGUCAAGUCGAAGAUUUUGCGUGGAAGAAAUGGGGUUCACCAGAGGCUCUAGACACUGAAUGGGAGCGUCGAUCGGAGGAGAAGAAGAAAAAGAAGAACAAGAAGUUCGAGGAAGGACUUCGAGACCUGCGCAGACGGACUAGAGAAGGUGUGUGGCAACGACGAAAAGACCAGGAGCAUAAACAUGCCUUCGGGGUAACGGAAGACCUCGGGGAUGGCAUGGGUCGGCAAAUUUGCCAUGAAUGUGGAUUCACUAUCGACGUUGAGGUCUUUUGAUUUGUUUAAGCGCUCGAAAUCGUCAUUGUCAGUACCUGGCUCAGGGGAUCUUGGAUCAGGACUAGGACUCAUAAUUGUGUCUAACCAUAAUUAAUAUCAUACACUCGUCUUGCAAUUUUUUGAA